AUGGCAUCCGGAAAAGCAGCCAGAGUUCAACUCAGCGAUGACGAGGUCGACGAUAUUCUCUACCUGACCCGCACAAACGAGAGUGCGGAACUCCAGCAAUAUCUCGGUCAACUCUCCCAACAACACAACUGCAGUAUCGCUGCUCUGCUCGAAAGCACCGUCGACGAGGACAAUGGCAACACACCUUUCCACUACUGCGCCGCGAAUGGCUCCGCUGAUCUCCUUAAAACGCUCUCAUCGCAACUGGACCCCUCGACGAAAACUGAAGUCUUGAGUCGCAAAAACGAGGCCGGUAACACAGCAUUGCAUUGGGCAUCCGUAAAUGGUCACGUCGAAGCCGUAAAGGCCUUGAUCGACGGUGGUGUGGACGUAUGGGUCAAAAACGCUGCUGGACACCUUCCCGUCUUCGAGGCCGAACGCGCAGAAAAGGACGAGGUUGUCGCAACAUUGUUGAUUGCUGGUGGAAAGGAAGACGAGGAGAAGUCAAGAGCAGAAGAGGGUGAGGCCACCGAGGAUGACAAGGCUGAUGUCGAAGGCGUGACGAGUCAGAUGGGCGAGUCGAGCUUGGAGAAGUGA